UAUCGUGUCAGGUCUCAGGUGGCUAAACCUACGCGACCAAGCUACUAGUAGCGUAGGCUGCGUAGCGUACCGCGAGAGGAGAGGUUGCUGGUGCCCGCGGGAGUCAGGCGGUGGCGCGCGGGCGGCGGCGAGCCGGCGAGGCAUCAUGUGCGACGGGCGGGAGUACUGCAGGCGGGAGCGCGCCUUCCGCGCCUCCCUGCACGACGCGAAGCCGGCGGGCACGGCUGCCGCGUGCCGGCACGACGCGAAGGCGGAGGCCGCGCGCGGCGAGGGCGCCGGGACGGCGGCGGCGGCGGCGCGGGCCAAGGUGCGCGCGCGGGAGGCCGAAGCCGAGCGGGAGUGGAGGCAGCGGCCGCGGGAGCGGGGGGCGGAGGCGGAGAUCGAGAGGACGGAGAAGCUCAUGCACCUGCUCCUCUGGGGACCCAACUGACCUUUUUCCCUCCUGACGACGAAACCGGGUCUCCAAGUCCAAGGUCUCGAUGGACGGCCUGAUGCAACAGUUCGUGUGCAUGCUUGUGGAUUUUCAGAAAUUUGUGAUUAAAAACAAUUUUGGAUCGUUGUUUGGUUGUUUCAACGUGAUGACGCUGUUCAUUCCUUGAUUUCGUUACAUGGAAAAGUGGAAUUGUAGUAUAUAAAUCAUGAUUAGACACAGGCAGCUUCCGAAUAGUCCCGUGGGCUUUGCUUGUUGAUUGGUUGUUCAUCUCUUGUUGGGCUGUUUUUGCUGUAAUCUACGCCGGCUUGUUUUGUACGGGCUUGUUGGUACGGUGGACAGUGCCACAGACCCACAGUGGACGCAAGCCUGUAUCCCAUGUUGUUUAAAUUAAGCUACCUUUGUCUUGCUUUGUAGAACAUGCCAUUCUUAAGGAAAAUGGUUAUUUUGGUUUUGUUCU